UGACAAACAACUGUUCAAAUAAUAGUUUCAAUACCGAAAGUAUGCAGUAUUCACUAUUUGUUAUACUGUUCAAUGGAUAUCUCUGUGUCGAAGAGUGUCCCGACGUGUCAGCCCUACUAAAGCCAUGUCUCUGUGAAAUAGUAGACGGAAAACGACAGGUCAUAUGCGAGGGGAAGGAUGCCAUUGAUCUCAAAGCUAUAUUCGCUAAACUCAGCCAUGAAUUGGUG